AUGGGGAUCAAUCAAAAGCAAUUUUCAUUCAUUUAUUGCCCUAUUCCGAAGGUGGCUCCUGGUACAAGAAAAACCCUAGCUAGACAUGCAAAUGUUGUUCCAGAGAAUCAUAGUCUUGUACCGACACCUGAAAUUGCUACAAUCACUGAGAAUAUAGUGGCGAAGAACGUGAGAGGGAAGAGUAGAGGAGUUGGAUGUGAAAGACUCCUAGAAACAGCGCAGUCAAAGUUGCAUGUAGACUUUCAGAAAGAAGAUGGAGUACCAACUGGAGUAAAUGCAUCAAAGUUGAGUACUGAGGUAGGAAUAGUUGCGAGGAACUAUGCCCCGGUAAGAGUGCUUACUUGGAAGAGAGUUCCCUACGAUGUCGAAAAACAAAUGAUUGCUCGGAUCACGACCAAGUUUGACAUUGAUGUCACGGAGCCCCAUGUACUGAAAUGGCUGAAGCACAAAUUGUGUAAGAGAUUCAACAGCUUCCGGAGUGCCCUACACAAGAAAUUCAAAGCAUAUGCUACUAAGGAGGAAGCAUUACAGAAUAGACCAGAAGAAAUUAAAGAUCCUGAUGAUUGGAUAUAUCUUUGUGACCUUUUUUCGAGUGAAAAGUUUCAGGCACGGUCAAAAACUUACACUGAGAACCGGUCGAAGAUGAGGUGUAACCACCGCGGUGGUUCCAAGAACUUUAUCCAGCACAAAAAGGAAAAGGCGCAACAAGUUGGGGAAUCUGUCGGUCCUAUACAAUUAUUUCAUGACACUCGUUGGAGCGCGGAGAAAGGGUGGAUUAAUGAACAAGCAAGAGAGCUAUAUGAAAAAAUGAUAAAGCUGCAAGAGGAAACACAAGCAGGGGAAAGUGAAAAAACUGAAGCUGAGAUAUGUGAGGAAGUUCUGGGUAAAGCUUCCGGAUUUAACCAGAAUUUUGCAUUUUCACAGAUUGAGCAUCAAUCCACUGCAGCAGAAGCAGAGUUAAGGUGCAUUCUAACUAUAGCCCUUGAACUAGAGAAAUCUGAUACAGCUCCAACUCGACAACGCUUGCCUUCUCGAACUGAUGAAGACUCGUCCUCAUCAGCUACAGCUAUUUCAAAUAUCGCAACUGGUGACACUUGA